CUUCUUUCAGGCGCGGGAUAAUGUCAAAUCGACGACAAGUGGCUGCUUGCGGUCCGUGUGGCAUGGCAGAUGGCGAUGUCGCAUCCUGGUGUCCACGACAAGUUGAAGGCCAUCCGAUCAGACUGGAGCGACAGCCCGAUUGACGAGAUCGACUCUCACUCUGUCUGGAGAAAGGUAUUUCUUUCGGGUAUUCUCAAGGUCAAUAUGAGCAGGCCUCAAUUUUGGGACAUCGACGCCAUGGACGAGAGUGAGGGCGCAGCUGACAUGCUCACCUCUCUUACCCGCAUCCAAGAACAUUGGCCGAUCGCGAUUCUUGUCACAUCAAGAGACACCAUGGAAGCGCACCAAAAUGGUGCCAGUCCGAACCGCAACAUCAGGACCUACAUGAUCUCAGAGCAGGAUAUCUUGCAAGACAUCUCGAUCCUGCUCAAAGCCUACCUCAAAUACCUACCGUCCUGGAUUCUCAGGAGGUCGGAAGGUUGUUUCUUGUGGGCGUCCAUCAUCUGUUCGGAACGCCGCCAAGGCACAAGCGAAAGGGAGAUUAUGAGGGUCAUGGGGAGCACACCCUCCAACAUUGAUGCUAUCUAUCGCGACAUCCUGGCAAAGAUGGAAGCCGCACCCUUUGGGAAGGCGCAUCUGAGCUUCAUCCACUCAGAUGACGAAGAGUUGCUUGUCAUGCUCUCCAACUUUUUAGGGAGCAUCAACUUUCUCCGCUGGGUUGAGUUCAUCGUCACUAACGGAGAUCCACGCACCAUCUACCAAGCCGGGACAAGACCGUCAACUACAUUUCGGAUCGCAGGGCUCAGCACUCACCACCUGUCGGCCUUGCAAAGAGCUAUCCGUCGGCAGUUUACGAACCCUAUCCGAGGGCUCAAUGUGCAAGGUUUGUCCAUGGACGGCUGGAACGACUGCCUCACGACGACAACGUAUGCCGACGGUAUGAAAUCAAACAUGGUGGCUGCCGGGUCAGGAUAUUUUGCAUUCGGCAUGAUGCACAUGGCCGGGCAAGUCUUGGUCUAUGACGACACUAUCUUCCAGGAGCUCCAUGUCUUCUGCCACAAAGAACCCGUUUGGGGCCUGGCAUUUGCGGAAAGCGGCAAAUAUCUCGCCUCUGCAGGCACGAGAACAGUCCGCCUGUGGUCGACAGCUGACUGCUCGGGACUCGUUUCCUUCAAAAUUACCUCUCUGUGCCUCAGCCUGGGAUUCCUGGUGGAGGAUUCCAUCUUGCGAAUUGCAACGAAACAGAACCGGUUGAUUGAGUGGGGCAUCGAAGCCAAUGCGUUCAUCUACGAUGAGCUACUUACCUUGACGACCGACUUACCAGACAAGAUGCAAUCCAGAACACCAAUGUUGGCGGAGCUGGACGCUGCCUCACAGCUUCUCACAGUUUUGUACGGAGGCGAGAAUAUCAAUCCCUGGGACUGCAUCGAGAACCGCAUCUAUGAUACAUACGAGGAGACUGGAUCCGUGCAGAUCUUUGGCAGCCGCAAACUCGCCGUGGGCGUAACCACUGCCGGGCCGCCGCCACUUUGCACCACGUCGGACAGCCUGCGAUUCAUCGAAGUCCGCGGUGACCAAUGCCGGGUCUGGGAGCGCCGUGUUCUUCUUCGCACGGAUACGCAGGAUGAUGACAACAGCGACACCGUCUCCGUGUCAACCCGGCCCAGGAAGUUGACCACCAGAUCGUCACCGGAGUAGGCCCGGCACUCUACGCCAUCGCUUGUAGCGACCAAUCCAGCGUGGUAUCUGUGGGAUGGAGGACGGGCCUGUUUUGGCCCAUGACACUUCGGGACCAGAGCCUCACAAGCAGCUCUUGCUCGUCCAAACCAUGCAGUGUAGGGUGAACUUGCUCCAUUUCGAUGGCCGAGGGUCUAUCCUCGCUUGCGGUGACCUUUCGGGGAGGUUCACAGUGAGAGAGGUCUCUCGGUCCAACAACCCACGGCGAGGGAAGACGUGGGUUGUAGGGCUACCGCUCGUGGAUGGCCACACCCGGGGUUAAGGCACAGG